AAAAGUGCGUAUCUUAUUUCUUUGUAUCAAUGAUUGAAAAUUUCUUUUGUUAAGUUACUUACUUUAAUGUUGAAUUCAUAGCAAAAUUUUGAUUGAGCAAGUCGAUUAGUUCCAUAACUUUUCACAGAAUCAUUAUUCUGCACCUUGUGGCAUUGGAGUCAGAUGAUCCUUGAUAACUGCAGUUAUCAAAUAAUUUGCGGAAAUACAAUUACGUCCACUUUCUUUUCCCAUUAAAGAGAGGAGUGACGAUUUGUUAAAACUCUUUAAAAAUGUCCGGUAAGGCUGAAGUUUACUCCCUUGAAGACAUUGCUUCACACAAUAAUAAAAAAUCCGUAUGGAUUCUAAUCCAUGGAAAUGUUUAUGAUGUUACUAAGUUUUUAGAGGAGCAUCCCGGGGGAGAGGAAGUACUACUUGAACAAGCAGGUAAACAUGCUACAGAAGCCUUUGAAGAUAUUGGACAUUCUACUGAUGCAAGAGAGCUUAUGAAGCAGUAUAAAAUUGGAGAAUUGUGUGACGAGGAUCGUCAAAAAAUAAAGGAAAUACAGGAAAAGAAUCACUGGCCAGUUGCAGGAUCAGAUGAAAGCUCAUGGAGAAACUGGUUGAUUCCUAUUAUUGUUGCUGUAUCUGCAUCUAUAGCCUAUCGUUUCUACCUUAGUUAUCAAGUUUGAAAUCUUGCACACUUUAAUGUACAGACAAUGAAGAAAGAUGUAUUUUUAACAUGUUUUUUAAAUAUAUUCUCAAAGUAUAAUGUAAUUACAUUUUGAGAGGAAAGACUUAGAUUAAUGAAUUUCAUAUAAAUUUAUGCCUUAAUUUUUCAAUUAAAAUUACUUCUCAUUAAAAGACUAUUGUAAAUGUGAAAGCGAAACAUGCAAAGUACAAUGAUGGGAACAAUUUUCUUGCUUAGAAAGCAAUUAAUAUUUUAUGGAUGACAUUAUUUGUAUAUGAUUUGAUGUUAUAUUCUUGCUAUUGUGCUUUGUUUCCAGUAUGUUAUGUUUUGUAAAACUUUUUACUACUCUUUGAAAGUUACACUGUAUCAUCUUUCCUUUAAAUUCUAUAUGCAGCUUUUGUUGUUUAUUUUUGUAAUAAUAAUUUUAUGUAUUUUAAACUUGGUUGUAAACUUUAAAAAAUUUAACAGCUAUUUUUUUAACUGAUUUGUAUUGUUUUAUUUAUUUCUUUAUUGAUUUGAAUUGUCUAAAUUGCUAAAAUCAAAUUAUUGUUAGUACUACCGUAAUUUUUAUCCUUUGUUGUAUUUGAAAUUGAAAGGAAAAAAAAUGCUUAUAAAAUACAAGUAUUUCUUGCUAUUUUGUAAUAUGCUAUAUGUUAUAUUUUUACAUCUGCAAUAUCGAGUUAUGUGCCGGUUACAUUACAAAAAAUAUUGUGAAUAAAAUAUAUAAGCCUGUGAAAUGGUUUUAUUUUUACACAA